CUGUGUGGUGGAGGCCUCCAUCGUCGCCGUGGUUUCUCACUUCCUGUUGGGUCUGCCCUGGGUGUGGGGCUUCAUCCUGGGCUUCGUCCUGGCGGCGGUGUCUCCGGCAGUCGUGGUUCCCUCGAUGUUGCUCCUGCAGAGAGAAGGGUUCGGAGUGGAGAAGGGAAUCCCCACCCUCCUGAUGGCUGCUGGGAGUUUUGAUGACAUUCUGGCCAUAACGGGGUUCUCCACCUGCCUGGGAAUCGCCUUCUCCACAGGUUCUACGUGGAUGAACAUACUGAAGGGUCUCCUGGAGGUGGUGGGAGGAGUUAUAGCCGGGCUGAUCCUGGGUCUGUUCCUGUGCUACUUCCCCAGUAAAGACCAGGAGGACCUGGUGUUGAGGAGGACUCUCAUGUUGUUGGGUCUGUCCAUAUUUUCGGUCUUCUUCAGUCACGUUAUUGGUUUUGCCGGAGCCGGUGGACUCUCUACGCUGGUUCUGGCCUUUCUGGCUGCGCUGGGAUGGAAGACCGACAAGGCCCCGGUGGCCGCCAUGGUGGGGCGCUCAUGGGACGUCUUCCAGCCGCUCCUCUUUGGACUGAUUGGUGCAGAGAUCACCAUAGCAACCCUCAGCCCCAGCACCGUGGGUCUCGGUCUGGCCUGUAUCAGUACCGGUCUGGUGAUCCGCCUCCUCGUCACCUUCCUGCUGGUUCAUUACGGAGGAUUUAACCUAAAGGAGAAACUCUUCAUCUCUGUGGCCUGGCUCCCCAAAGCCACCGUACAGGCGGCUAUCGGCUCCAAAGCAUUGGACUUGGCGAGAGAGGACGGGGACGAGACCUUGAUUAAGUUUGGUUUGGACGUUCUAACGUUAGCCGUAUUAGCCAUCCUGACCACGGCUCCCAUUGGAGCGCUGGGUAUAGGACUGGCAGGACCACGACUCCUGGCCCGGCAGGUCAAAGAUGAUACAGAAGGCGGAGCCACGACUCCAAUCAGCAAUGGGAUUGGUCAAGAAAAGGACAACGUGACCCUUGAGAGCAAGCUAUGAGGCCUCUGAUUGGACAGACAAAAGAAAGCUAUUUUAUACACAAUAAGUUAAAACCUUCUGUAGACGCAGAUGUUUUUUAAAAUGUCUUUGCUGUGUGUUUAUUUUCAUGUGCUAAUGCUAGCUUGUACUAGCUACUGUCGCUAAAUCAAAAUUAUGUUUUUCACUCAGAAUUUAGAGAUUUUCUUUCUUAAAGGUAUGUAUUCCAAACGUAUUGUUUUAACACAUAAGAAGUUAUUAAAAUAACAAAUACCUGUUAAAAUGAUGAGAUAUGAAGUCAAAAUUCCUAUAUGUUGAAUUAUUGGAAGUUAAACCUUAUCGUUAGCUCAUUAGCAUGGUGGCCUGAGGGCAAAUGAAAGCAGAAUACCAUUUAUAUACUAGUAGUUAGCUAGCUAUUGUUAGCAUAGCAUGCUAAAUUUAUAAAUUCUCACCGGCAGCUACUUCAGCGAGCGCGGUUAUCUGAUUUUUGAGGGCGUUCAAACGUGGACUAAUUUCCCAUUGGAAAUAGUUUGUGUGAAGAUUAAGACAAAAAGAGCUGAGGGGGAGGGGGUGGAGCUGGUAGUUAACUGAGCAGAUAACUAGUGAUAUUAUCGAAACUCGACUAAUGAGUAAGUUCUAACUUAGUAGAAGCAGAAACUUACCAGAUCUUUUGGGACACAGUGGAGGAUAUAUAUAUAUAUUAUUUAUAUAUUAUAUAUCUUUCUAUCACUCUUAUUGUAAUUAUUUUCUUCAAGUCCGAGAGCAAUUAAGCCAAAUGUGUUCAACAAUUAUUGUAAUGAGCUGAAAUUUAUCAUCAUUAAUCAAUGAAAAAGUCAAUAAAGUUACAAAGUGACAAAGCACACUUUCAUUUCAUUUAUAUAUGUCUCAGUUUUGGAUGAAACAGCUCUUUGAUCAACAGGAAAACAUCUGACUAGAUGUUAACUGACACGUUGAAAUUCAAAUGUCAUGUUGGGUAAAGUUCACGGAUCAACAACAAACGUUUACAGGAUGUAACACAUGAACCAUCAGACCCACGCAAGAAACUAUGAAAAAAAAGACAAAUCUUGGAUCCAAAGUUGAAACUUUGACAUCUUCGCUCCUUUUUUAUCAAAACGAAGAUCAAAGUAGAAACCAUCAGUGCUGCAGCUUCUCGUGGUUAGCUGGCGCUGACGGUACGACCAAUGAGACUCGUGUGUUCAAGUCUCUUCAUUAAAGAGUACAUGCAUGUCAUGACAGCACUGUGAAGUGGACCAGGACAAACAGAGGAAACACAAAUGUUCUUUAAUAACAUGUAAUAAAACAUAUUAGAAUAAGAUACAAAAAAGUGUCAAAUCUGCGUUUGGUUUUGAUGUCAAACACACAGCGAGUGUUUCCUGUUUCCUCUGCUAAGUGUUCUUCUCCUCACCUCAGACCACACGGAAGACGUCUACAAGCAACCACAGGAAACCUGUUAGAA